AUGAAGACUUUGCUCACCGAGGAGACUGUCAAGGUGCCAAAGGGAGUCAAGAUCACCAUCAAGUCCAAGAUUGUCGAGGUGACCGGUAAGCACGGAUCUCUGAAGCGCGACUUCAAGCACCUGCCCAUUGAGAUCUUCCUCUCCGACGGCGGCAAGAAGGUGACCGCACGCAUGUACUUCGCAAAGAGCAAGCAGUGCUCCAUGCUGAACAGUGUCUGCAGCCACAUCGCCAACCUCUUCGAGGGCGUGAUGCACAAGUUUGAGUACAAGAUGCGCUUGGUGUAUGCGCACUUCCCCAUCAACGCCAACAUCAUCAACGGCGGCAAGACCGUCGAAAUCCGAAACUUCUUGGGUGAGAAGGUUGUCCGCACCGUGCACAUGCUGCCCGGUGUGACGGUGGAGAAGAGCGCCAGCACAAAGGACGAGCUUGUCGUCUCUGGCGCGGACAUCGAGCUCACGGGACAGUCGUCCGCUCUCAUCCAUCAGUCUUGCUUGUGCAAGAAGAAGGAUAUCCGAAAGUUCUUGGAUGGUAUCUACGUCAGCUCCCACGGAGUUAAGGAGGACUGA